AUGGUCAACAUCACUUACGGUGUGCUUCAAGCACCCGAUGGCUCCUCGGCUACCUCGAGCGCCAUCGCCAACGGAACUGACAUUAUCGUUUCUUACGGCCCAAAUGGCGAGAGCGUCGCUUCCUAUUCGCCCGGUGACAUUUCCUGGGUUCUCACAUGUACCGCUCUCGUAUGGCUCAUGAUUCCCGGUCUCGGUUACCUCUACUCUGGUCUUGCUCGCAGAAAGAACGCGCUUCACCUCCUUUUGCUCACUUUGGCCGCUCUCGCCGUUGUCUCGUUCCAGUGGUUCUUUUGGGGCUACUCGCUCACCUUUUCUCAAACCUCAGGCGCUUUCCUCGGCAAUCUGCGCAACUUUGGCUACAUGGGUGUUCUCGAAAAUCCCGUGCCUCAGGCAUACAACAAAGUGCCCGAAAUUGUAUACGCCAUCUACCAGUGCAUGUUCGCCAACCUUGUCCCCGCCAUCGCCAUCGGUGCCGCUUGUGAGCGUGGCCGUGUCUGGCCUUUCCUCGUCUUUACCUUUGUCUGGACCACGCUCGUCUACGAUGUGAUCGCCUGCUGGGUCUGGAACCCCACCGGUUGGGCGUUCAAGUGGGGUGUUCUUGACUACGCCGGUGGUGGACCCGUCGAGAUUAACUCGGGUAUCACUGGUCUCGUCAUCUCUUACUAUCUUGGCCCUCGUACCGGUUAUGGCACCGAGCGUCUACUCUUCAAGCCACACAACGUUUCCUACAUCUUCCUGGGCACCGCCUUCCUCUGGUUCGGCUGGAUCGGCUUCAACGGUGGUUCGGUCUUUGCUGCCAACCUCCGUGCGGCUAUGGCCAUCAGCACCACCAACCUCGCCGCUUCGUCCGCCGGUCUCACCUGGAUGUUCCUCGACUGGCGUCUCGAACGCAAGUGGUCCGUCGUUGGCUUCUGCACGGGUGCCAUUGCUGGUCUCGUCGCCAUCACUCCCGCUGCUGGCUUUGUCGGCAUGCCCGCUGCUUUGCUCGUCGGAGUCGUUUCCUCGGCCGUUUCCAACUUUGCCACCGUUCUCAAGGGCCCCAUGCGCGUUGACGAUGUCAUGGACAUUUUCUCGGUCCACGCUCUCGCCGGUAUUGUUGGCACCCUUCUCACCGGUAUCUUCGCCCAGGCUUCCGUAGCCAACAACGACGGCAACACGGUCAUCGCCGGUGGCUGGCUCGACUCAAACUGGAUCCAGCUCGCCUAUCAACUCGCCUACUGUGUCGCUGUCACCUGUUGGUGUGGUGGCGUCACGUUUGCUAUCAUGUUUGUUAUUGACCACAUUCCUUACAUCGGUCCCUUCCGUUCGAGCGAGAUGGGUGAAGUGGUGGGUAUGGAUGAGGACCAGUGUGGCGAGUGGGCUUACGACUACGCCUUUAUCAACCGUGAUCUUGAGGGCAACUACAAGCCCGACCACGGUCAGACGCUCGACAUCAACGAAAAGAUGCCCAACGUUCAUCAAACCGACUCGCUGCGCUCCGAAACGCACGCCGACUCGAGCCAAGACAACUCCAACUCGCAGCUCGCCGCUGCCGAACACCAGUCUCCAUCCACCGCUGAACCAGCCGUGGAAAUGAAGCAGGCUUAA